AUGACUAGCGCCGUGUCUUCCGUCCUUCUCCUCUCUCUUGGUCUUGUUGCUUCUACUCAUGCUGCCGAUUAUGAUUGCCGACCAGGCCAAAAAUGUUGGCCAUCCUUGAGUGAAUGGAGGCAAUUAAAUACCAGUGUCGCUGGUAACCUUUUCGAAACCAUCCCAAUCGCCGCUUCUUGUUACAAGAACUCUGGACACUAUGAUGCAAAGGCCUGUGAGGCUGUUGAAGAUUACUAUGGUGAUAGUAUUCUUCGUGGAGAGCAUUUUGGGCAGACAUACUGGUUGAACUGGGAGACUUGUCAUGCCUCUGGUUGCACACUUCUGGAGUCUGACCCAAGUGAGCUCAUGUACGCCAAUUGUUCUAUCGGUGGCUUGGCUUCGUACUAUGUUGACGUUCAUGAGCCAUCGCACAUUGCCGCCACUCUCAAAUUUGCAACCGCCCACAACAUUCGCAUCAGUGUGAAGAAUACCGGUCACGACUUCUAUGGACGGUCUUCUGUGCCGAAUACUCUCGCCAUCUGGACCAAGAACCUCGACAACCUCACUUUCUACUCCAACUUUACCGCUCAUGAUUGCCCCGCAUCUAACAGCCAAAAUGUUGGAGAGCUUGGUGCUGGAGUUGUUGCACAGGAUGCAUACCGUUUCUUUAAUGGCCAUGGCAUGGAUGUCAUGGGAGGAUAUGAGGAGUCUGUUGGUCUUGCUGGUGGAUUUGCACAGGGAGGAGGCGUCGGUUCAUUCACCACGACAUAUGGUCUCAUGGCCGACAACGCCGUGGAGUUCGAAGUCAUCACUGCCGAUGGAGAGUUGCGCAUUAUAAACCAGUGCAAUGAUCCCGACCUGUUCUGGGCCAUGCGUGGUGGUGGAGGUGGUACAUACGCAAUCCUUACCAAGUAUCGCGUUCAGCUUUUCCCAUCGCUGCCGAUCCACACCUACACGUUCACGGCAAACAUCACCAAUGCUACAGCUCACACGAAUGCGACAACGAACCUUGCUCUCCGUGAAAUCCUCACAGAGCACGCCAAGAGUCAGAUCGGUUGGUCUGCUCAGCUCAUUACUGGUCAGAUUGAAUACUUUCCUGAGAAAGUUGCCAUCAGCUUGGUCCUGGUCUAUGGUGACAAUGGAUCGAAGUUGAAGUCAGCUACGACGAAGUUUGCCCAGUUUCUCGGCAAUCGCACAGACCUUUCCGUAUCAAAGAACGGAUACAAUUCAUACACAAACUACGCCGAGUACCUGUCUGUAACUGCUGCCGAUGCCAAAGUUACCGAGCCAUCCGGGAUAUACUCUCUUUUGUCUUCGCGAUUGAUCCCUACCACUGUAUUUGCGGAGCCAAAGACUCUCGACGCCUUGGUAGAAGGUGUCUUGCAAGGAAUCACUGAAGCCAGAAGUCUUCUGAAUCUCACGGGUACACAGAUCGUCUGCGAGACUCCUGUUAGCAAUUCAAAUGCCGACGAAUCAUCGGCCGUUAAUCCAGCUUGGCGUGAUGCCCUGUGGCAUGUUAUUCACGUUGGUGAAUGGCUAGAGCCCCUGGAGGAUAGUGUACUGAGAUCAACUGCCGAUGGGAUCUUGCACACGGUGGAUCCUUUGAAGGAGUUGAGCCCAGGUGGUGGAGCUUAUUUCAAUGAAGCCAGCUACCUGGAGCCUGACUGGGAGCAGACAUAUUUCGGUUCAUUCUAUGACAGACUUUUGGAUGUGAAGAACCGAUAUGAUCCUACUCACAUAUUUGAUUGUUGGAAGUGUGUUGGAUGGAGAGGAGAGGCUGAGUGA